AUGAAUUCUGGCACGCAGAUUCAUACAAUAGGGUGUUUAGUUCUGGGUUUGGCAUGUGGAGUCUGGGGUGGUGAUUAUGGCUCUAAAACUUGUGGGUUUCCAGCAAUUUACAACUUUGGGGACUCAAAUUCAGACACUGGAGCCGCAUCUGCAGCAUUCACGGGGGUUCAUCCUCCCAAUGGCGAAAGCUUCUUUGGAAGUCUAUCAGGAAGGGCUUGCGAUGGUCGACUUAUUAUCGAUUUUCUCACUGAAGAACUGAAGCUGCCAUACCUGAGCGCCUAUUUGAACUCACUUGGGUCGAAUUACCGGAAUGGCGCAAACUUUGCAGUAGGAGGUUCAUCGAUUCGUCCUGGCGGGUAUAGUCCAUUUGAUUUGGGGCUUCAGAUAGCUCAAUUCAAACAGUUCAAGUAUCGCGCCAAUGUUCUGUACACUCAGCUUUCAGGCAACAGGACAGAAUCAACUUCUGAAAGCAUUCUUCCAAGACCUGACGAAUUCUCUAAAGCCCUAUACACCUUUGAUAUUGGACAGAACGAUCUUGGUUAUGGUUUUCAGCACGACUCAGAUGAGCAAGUUCGAUCAUCAAUUCCUAAUAUCUUACAAACCUUCUACCGGGCCGUGCAGCAACUGUACAAUGAAGGGGCUAGAAUAUUCUGGAUCCAUAACACAGGCCCCAUUGGGUGCUUGCCUUACAGCUACAUAUAUUACAAGUCAAAACAGGGCAACCUGGAUGCAAAUGGGUGUGUGAAACCCCAGAAUGAGGUUGCUCAGGAAUUCAACAGACAGCUUAAGGAACAAGUGUUUGAGCUCAAGAAAAAUCUCCCGCUCGCCAAAUUCACGUACGUUGAUGUGUAUUCAGCCAAAUACCAACUAAUCAGCGACACAAAGAAACAAGGUUUUGUGAGUCCAUUGUUGUUCUGCUGUGGAAGCUACUACGGUUACCAUGUUAAUUGUGGGACGCAGGUCACAGUAAAUAGAACUGUUUAUGGGUAUCCCUGCCCUAAUCCAUCUCAACAUGUUAGCUGGGACGGCAUACACUAUUCUCAAGCAGCAAACCUCUGGGUUGCUAAACGCAUUCUCAGUGGUUCCUUCUCUGACCCUCCAGUUCCAAUUGGAAAAGCGUGCUUCUGAUUCUUGCCGUGAUUCAAUUGAUUUGCAGGAGUUAGUGAACUGAAUUUCACAUAUAAUCAAUUAAUUCUAUUUUUCAGCGUUAGGUUUUCAGAUCUUCAAUCCUUUUUAAUUUCUUUUUCGAAAUUAUAUGAUAUCAUUAUCAUCUUCACA